AUUCCACGUCACUUGAGGUGGAUUUGCGCGAGCCAUCCAGGAAUCUGACAUGAGAACUUAACGCUUUAUUGCGAAACUCGUCCGGUGUGAUGCUACGAUAAUUUUGGCUUCACGCUCAAGCUGACAGUGAACGGAAUCGCAGCGGUUUGUGAUUGGAAAUUUCGGCUCUAGAGUGUCUGCUUUGGUGCUCAGUCUUAAUGGGCGAAUCAGGGACACGCCGCUCCACCCUAGUCUCCAGGCUUCCCAUCUUCAGACGUAGUGUGAGCAAGAGGCAGGACUCACUCCCUUCCUCACCCUCCUCCGGUGGUAUCGGCAAUGGCGUCCAUACUUCCUCUCCAUCCAGCACCAACUCCAGCUCCAGCAGCACAAGCAAACGGCGCAGCCUGUUCCGCACACCGUCCCUCAGCUUCCACAGCAAGCGGAACAGCGAUCCCACCCAACUCAGCCUGGAAAAUCGCAGCCAGGGGUCUGAGGUGGUCUUCCGAGACCACAAUUCAAAGAUGCGACAUUCAUUCGGAUUUGGAGGACACAAGAAGAAGAUCACCCGGUCUCAGACAGAAGACCUUGAGAAGGCCUCCGCCAAUCGCAGUGUGUUCAUGAACUGCAUCAGCUCACGGACAAAUGAGGGAGACGAUUCAGGUUUCCUUGAUGACGUGAGCAGCAAGAAGUCUUCCCGGCAUAAGAAGCAGUUGCUGCCCAAGUCCUUCUCAGCCCAUCAACGGUUUUCUAAGACCUCAACCAAUAUCACAGAACAGGGUAAAGGUCAGGAUGAUGUGGAAGAGCCUCCUAAAACUGGAACCCCAGGUUUCUGGCCUGGAGAGUUGGCUGAGAGUUCUCUACAGUCACCUAUGACUGAGGAUCGCACCACAGCAAUCACACCCUCUGAUUUUGUUCCCGUCACUGAAGACUCUGUCUCGGAAGUGGAUGCUUUACCAGCACCUAGUCCAGCUGCUCCUCUGGAAAACUUCAGCCAAGCUGUUUCUACCUCACAGGUAUCCAUUAACACAGCCCAGGUCACCACAGAGAAGCCUGUACUGCCAGAUACCAGCCACUUAGCCAACACACAGUGCGAGAGCACCACUGCCCAAAUAGAGCCGGUAACACUGACGACAGUUAAAGAGCUGAACCCCAACCCUGAUCAAUCAGAGGCCAGUGAGAAUGAACACGCUCCAGAACUUAGUGAGGACAGCAACUCCAAUCUAGAGGCCUGUGAGAGGAGGUCUAGGUAUGCUGUUCUUAUACAGCAGGCUGGAAAACCAUCUGGCCACAGCAAACUUGAGAUGAGGCCAAGUCACCUGAGAAAGCCGCACACAGUGUCCAUGUGCAGCAGCAUGAGCCCAUACCAUGAGGUUAUGCGUAUGGAGAGACGUCUACGGUCGGCCUCUGAAGGUGCAGGAGGACCCAGACUUCACCUCAACCUCAGGGAUCCUCUCUGCAUGGAGGGCAACACUUUAUCCAAACAGAGAACCAGUUCCUCAUCUUCCAAACUGGGUAGUCUGGAUGUUUUGAAUAAUCUUGGCUCAUCAGAGCUGGAUGAAGAUGACCUGAUGCUGGAUCUUGACCUCUCGGAUGACCAGCGACCUCACCGUGCUUCACGGGAGAAUUCCAGUCAAUCCCUUGUGUCAUGUCUAAACUUGCUGCCCUCACCCCUGGAGGCCCCCAUGGAGCGAACCCCUGGAAGAGAGCCCCCCCACAGGGAGCAGCGGCCGAUGUCCCUCUGUCUGUCUCGUGACGAUGAGCCGUUGGCUGGGCUGGAAGCGUUACCAUUCAGGCUGAUGCAGCAGGACUGCACAGCAGUAAAGACUCUUCUGCUGCGGUUACGCAGGACUCUGCAGGAGAGUACUGAAACCAGCCCUGCCAGCAGCCUUUAUUCUCUCCCCAUAAGCCCCUGCAGUGAGAAGUCACUUCCCAUUAAGGAUCUUGGGAGAGAAGAAAACCAGUUCCUGCAUCAGCAACUGAAGGAGAAAGAUGAACUGAUUCUUCGACUGCAGGCAGAGCUGGACACCACCCGUGCUACUCAGAAAUCUCUUUGCCAAAAAGCUGACAAAACCACUCAGACAGAUUUCUUAUUUUCAGAGGCCAGUCAUCCAAGUCAACCCAACGGCCAAAAUGGCAACAUUCCCAGCAGCAACAGCAGCCUCACAAGGGAGCGAAGGCCGGUGCGACCGCUCGCUACAGACCAGCACAGUCGACCCACGCCAGAGCUGGCAGCGGUUUGUGAGGACCAGGCUUGCUGCAAUCCGUCCAUGUGCCAUGGUGGAGGAGGGCUGAGAGAGCCAGUGCCAAGAGCUGCUGAAGGUGGGCCGCUGACAUCGGAGAUACCUGGACCUCGAAAGAUGGAGCACCUGGGGCCAUCACUGAUCCCUCGAGCAUUGGCCGGCAGUAGUAUGAGCCUCCCCAGCAAGGCCAGUCCCUCGCGCAGCCUGUCCUCAGACAGUGAGAGGGGGCCCCGCAGUGAGCGAGGUGCUCUGCCCAGGCUUCAGUCGUCCUUCACUGGCCGCCUGGGCCAGCCGCCCCGUGGGCCUCUAUCUUUACACAUGUACAGCCGAAAGAACGUCUUCCUACAGCACUCAAUCCAUACAGCCGAACUACAGGCUCUUGCUCAGCAGGAUGGCUGAGAAUACACACUUGAAACGCACUUAUAUACACACAUGCAUACUGAAAAGUAAAACAUGUCUCAGAUGGAUAUGGAUUCAACAUGAACUCAACCUUGGUGCAGUUUCUUGGUGACCACAAGUACCUUCAGACCCACUUGUACUCCAUUAUUAUUUUUCCUGCACAGUAAAAACUAUUUUUCCUCUUAAAGGGACAGUUCACCCAAAAAUGAAAUGUCUUUUAUUAACUCACUUUUGUGUUGUUCAAAACCCAUAUGACUGACUUUCUUCCAUGGAACACUUAAAGGGAUAGUUCACCCAAAAAAAAUUUAUUCUCUCAUCAUUUACUCACCCUCAUACCAUCACAGAUGUGUAUGACUUUUUUCUUCUGCUGAACACAACAGAUGUUUAGAAAAAUAUCUCAGCUCUGUAGGUCGAUACAAUGCAGGUGAAUGGUGACCAGAACUUAGAAGGUCCUAAAAGCACAUAAAGGCAGCAUAAAAGUAAUCCAUACAACUCCAGUGGUUAAAUCUAUGUCUUCAAAAGCGAAUUGAUAGGUUAGGGUGAGAAACAGAUCAGUAUUUAAGUCCUAUUUUACAAUAAAUUCUCUUCCCUGCCUAGUAGGUGGCGAUAUGCACAAAUAAUGUGAAUCGCCAAAAACAAAAGAAGAAGAAUGUGAAAGUGGAGAUUUUAUAGUAAAACAAGACAUAAAUAUGUGUUUUUCACCCACACCUAUCAUAUCGCUUCUACGAGUCGUAUUAAUUACUUUUAUGCUGCCUUUCAGUUCUUUUUGGACCUUCAAAGUUCUAGCCACCAUUCACUUGCAUUGUAUGGACCUACCUAAACAUCUUUGUUCGUGUUCAGCAGAAGAAAGUCAUACACAUCUAGGAUGGCAUGAAGAAUGAGUAAAUGAUGAUAGAAUUUUAAUUUUUGGUUGAACUAUUCCUUUAAGGAGAUGUUAGGCAAAAUGACGAUCUCAGUCAACAUUCACUUUCAUCCAAAAAGAUGCAAUAUAAGUAAAUGGUGACUGAGGCUAACAUUCUGCCUAACAUCAUCUGUUGUGUUCAACAGGAAAGUAAGUCAUAUGGUUUGGAACAACACGAGGGUGAGUAAAUUAUAGCAGAAUUUUCAUUUUUGGAUGAACUAUUCUUUUAAACCAAAAUCAACCCAUCGUCUGCACUACUUGAGCAUUUUUUGAAGAAAUAGUACAUGCUGCUCUAAUAGGUACGUUAGAAAGUCCAUCCACUAAUGUGACAGUUUCACUCAAAACAUCUCACACUUCUGCUGAGUUCCAAGGUAUGUGCAAGCAGGGAUGUCAACAUUUGUCCUUUACAAUACAUUUUCCUCUAGAUUCACAAUUAUAGACUCGCUUGUUAGAUUUAGCCUAAUUAGUAGUAAAGUUUAUAAUAGUAGGUAACACAACUAGCCCUCCACAUUACUUUGCACCAGCAAACAUGACACUGAAGACCCAUGCAUAUAUUGCCAAAUCAAUCCUCUGUCGGAGAGAGUGCUUUAAAACUCUUGCUGCCAGUAAGAAUUGCCCAUGUGUUCUCAGAGCCCUUUUAGGGAGUUUAACACUAUUAGCCUCUUCUAAUUGCAUGCUGCUGCUUUUUUCUGUUUCUUUUUGCUGCAAACAAAAAUGGAAGAAAAAAGAUGCUGAGAAAAAUGUUUUUAAACCGAUUGUAAGCUUAAAAAAAAAAAAAAAGAAAAGACAGCCCUUGUGGAAGGAUUCAGCGAUAGAGCCUCAAGUACUAAACACUACCGUCUUUGCUGGAGUUGGACACUAGUUCAAGACAGACGGAUCUGAAAGGGAUAGUUUACCAGAAAGUGAAUUCUGUCAUUAUUUACUCACCCUCAUGUUAUUCCAAACCCAUAUCUCUUUUUUUUUUUCUUCCAUGGAACACAAAAAGAGAUGUUAGGCAAAAUGUUAAAGACUGACACUGCCCAAUCUCAUAGAAUUACAUUACUAUACCUAAAUUUUUGCAGCAAAAUCGUUACAUGGCCCACACACGUGGUUCACACAAAUAGCAUGUCUUAUACAGUAUAAGGGAAAUUAUGACUGGACUCUAGGUUAGCCAUACGGCACAUUGGGUUCUACUCAGUACUUCUUAGUGCACAAAUCUGCACUUUUGUAAAGUACAGUCGAGAAAAAAGAAUGGCUUAAAUUUAACAGCCUCCAACUUCACCAGAGUUAACAUCAAUUACCCUCAUGGUGACUUCACACAAAUUACAACUAUCAACCAGCUACAACAAAACAACAGUAGUCAUAUGAAUUAAAACUAUAUACAUUUUUAAAUAAUUAUUCUUUUUCUACAUCAGUUCCCUUUUUUUGACCAAACAUACAUAAUUUAUUCAAGUGCAAGGGCUAAUGGGUAUUCCACACUGCCACAAUUUUGUACUUGAUAAUCUUUAGUUAGUAGUAUUCAAAGCAAAUGUUUAAAGAAUGUUUAUAUUAGGGGGCCUGGGUAGCUCAGUGGUAAAAAUAUGCUGGCUACCACCCCUGGAGUUCACUAGUUCGAAUCCCAGGGUGUGCUGAGUGACUCCAGCCAGGUCUCCUAAGCAACCAAAUUGGCCCAGUUGCUAGGGAGGGUAGAGUCACAUGGGGUAACCUCCUUGUGGUCGCUAUAAUGUGGUUCGUUCUUGGUGGGGCAAGUGGUGAGUUGAGCGUGGUUGCCGCAGUGGAUGGCAUGAAGCCUCCACACACGCCAUGUCUCCGUGGCAACGCGCUCAACAAGCCAAGUGAUAAGAUGCACGGGUUGACUGUCUUAGACGCAGAGGCAACUGGGAUUCGUCCACCACCACCCGGACUGAGGCGAAUCACUAUGCGACCACGAGGACUUGGAGCGCAUUGGGAAUUGGGCAUUCCAAAUUGGGAGAAAAAAAAAAAAAAAGAACAUUUAUAUUGUAGUUAUGAUUCCAAAAUGUGACAUUUCAAGUACUGUUUAAUUAGGGCCACUUAAAUGUUUUUAUUAAUGACAGCUUUAGGGUUUAGAGAGUAACAGUUACUUAAUUAAAACUAGUAAGAAUAGUAAAAAAAUAAGCUUAAGUUGAGUAAACUAUUAUUUUACAAUUUGAGAUAACUAUUAGUAGUUACAGUGAUUACAUCAAAACACUUUUACUGUAGCACAUGACUUGUAACAAGCUUGUUCGGGUCCAAUUCAAUUGCACAGUAGCUCAACUUGCGAUGCAAAGGACCGGGGUACGAGUCCCGAAGAGCACGAGAGUCAGCACUUUAGCCGAAAGUGUCAGAGAAGCAUCACAUUUGCUUUUUGUGACACUAUUGGUUAGGUUUAGGUUUAAGCUUUAGGGUAGGAAGGUAGGUUUUGUUCAUUUAAAUCUUGAUCGUUUAAAUUUAGGAAAAAAAUAGCAGUGUCAACAUUCUUACAAAUUUCCCUUGUGUUCCAAGGAAGAAAGAAAAUGUAGUGUUUUAGAACACAAUGAGGGUGAGUAAUUGAUGGCAGAAUUGUCAUUUUUGGAUGAACUGUCCCUUUAAUGACAGCUAAAUGGAAAACUCCCUGCAGUGAAUUAACUACGUUGUUACAUUUACAUUUGAAAAAGCAUAUAGGUUUUAAUUUUAGUUUAAAAAUAGAAGGCAAAUACAAUUUAAUUAUACAUGUUGAUAACUUCUACAAAUGUAAAACAGCCAUAGACAAGCUUUUAUGGAGAUCAUGUGUACUCCGAUGAGAGGUGGUUGAAAGAAGGAAUGGCCUCAUUUUCGCAGCAUUGGGACAACAUUGGUUUAACGUUGGGACAGUGUUGACCCGGCUUUGCGGAUCAGGAGCUUGUGCAAGGACGCAUGGAGGAGAAGGAAACCCUGAAGAAACACAGUCCCAUUCAUCCAGCAGGUCUGCUCCCCGAGGUCCAAUGCUCCAAUUUCAGCAAUCUGUUGGGAGCACCAUCACUUUCUGUCUCUCUCUCUCUAUAUCUUCCUCCCAGACCUACUUCCAGCUCUUUGUGAUCAGGCCCAGGGAAAGAAAGGCUUUAGCGCAUUCUCGCCAUUACACACUCGGUUAUUGAUAUCACACCCCCCAGACUGGAACGUGUUUGUCUUGAGUUAUUUCAGAAUGACCUUAUGAAAGCAGACACUGCUGUUCAGUCUUUGAGACAAUUCAACCCUCGAUCACUGCUGUCAGCAGUCCUGUUUAAAUUCUGUAUGGGCGCCAGUCUGUGACUGUUGAAUGUUAAAGGGUCAGUUCACAGUCUUGAUUUACUCACCCUCAUGUCACCCUAAACUCGUAUGACUUUCCUUUUUACGUGAAACACAAAAGAUGCAAGGCAGAAUGUUAGGAACUGAAAGCCCCAGUCAUCAUUCACUUUCAGUGUAUAGAAAAAUUACAUCUUUACAUCUGUUUUGUGUUCCAAGAAAGACACCGUCAUCACAUUUGGUAAAACAUGAGGGUUGAGCAAAUGAUUACAGAAUUUUGUGUUUGAGGUGAACUGUUCCUUUAUUUUUUAUUUAUUUAUUUCGAGAGGGAAGAACUGAUUUCUUAUUCUUGACUGCACAUUUGAGACAUGAUGCUUAAAGGAUGUUAAAUUGACUUGAAUAUGGGAGAUCAUGGGUACAUGCAAGAAAAGAACUCAUGAAUAUCUACAAGUGUCAAUAAGUGACUCAUAAACAUGACUGUAUGUGCCGUCACAUUUCUAAACUGAACCCUUCAAUGUUGAAUAGAUAUUUAUUUGGCCUUAUUUAUUAUGUGAUAUUGUGAAAUGACUAUCAUCUGAGGCUAUUAUUUUGUCUGUCUGGGCUCUUUGUAUCAACAUACAAUUGUCUACAUUACGGAGACUGGUGACAUGUCACAAUUGUCUCACUGUACAUCACUUUGAAAUGUUGAAAUUCUUGUUUUUCUUAAAAUCUACAGGGUUUGCAUAAAAGUGGCACUUUUAAGAGAUUUAAACCAUAAGAUUUUAAAUAACCUUUAUCUUUUCUCUCACUGGUGGUUUUCUUGAUAAUGUUAUGAUUUUCAUUGAAUGUAAUAUAUUCACUCUCAUUAAAGAGAUAUUUAAAGAAAGAAUUGACUAGUAAAGUGACAUGUAAGGCCUUGUUUUUUUGUUGUUAGUUGUUAGUCUUUAUUUUUUUACAUUAAAGGGAUAGUUCACCCAAAAUAAAUAUUCUUUCACAAUUUACUGACGCUCAUGUCAUCCCAGAUGUGUAUGACUUUCUUUUUUCAGCAGAACACAAACGAAGAUUUUUAGAAGAAUAUUUCAGCUCUGUAGUUCCAUACAGUGCAAGUGAAUGGUGACCAAAAUGUUUAAGCUCUGAGAAAAUCACAAAGGCAGCAUAAAAGUAAUCCAUAUGACUCCAGUGGUUAAAUCUAUGCACAGAGGUGUGUUUCUUUGUCACUGCUCAUCUGUUUUCCUGAAAGUGAUGUGGUUAUAUAUGACACCUGUGUGAAAAUCUCAAUCAUCUUCUUAAAAAAAAAA